UAAUAACAUUUAAUUCUCCGCGAAAUAAAAUUGCUUUGCCACUUAGAAAUUCAAAACACGAUAUGUCAAACGAUUCGCAAACUCAGUCUCUGGUUUUCGGCUUACCUUGGCCGGAGUUCAACGACGGCUUGUUCUACGACGAUGUCAUCAAACCGUCGGAUUCCGAGCUCACUUUGAUUGAGUUUUACUCAAGCAAGUACAAAAAUUCAGCUCCUUUACAAGGUUGGUUGCAGCGAAUUCAAAAUGGACAGAUAUCAGUUGAUGGAAGAGUCGUUAGAGAUCCAAACACAAUUCUGAGAGGUAAUUCAGAGUUAGUUUACCAUAGGCUUCCUUGGAAAGAACCCGACGCGCCUUGCGCGCUUGAAGUUUUGUACGAGGACGAUGAUAUGAUUGCUUUAAACAAGCCUUCCGGUCUUCAAGUUUUGCCUGGUGGUCUCUUCCAGCAACGGACUGUUUUGACACAGCUUUCUUGGCGUGUGAGGAAGCAGAACUCUUCCCUAGCAAGUCAAGAAUCACAUCCAGUUCCUGUACAUCGUCUAGGAAGGGGUACAUCAGGAAUAUUACUUUGUGCAAAGACAAAAGCUGCUAAAACUCGCCUCGCAGCAUAUUUUGCUGAUGGAACAUCUCUCAUCGGAGCUAACAGGAAAAUGCAACUUAGUGGUACCAGGAAAAUUUCAAAGAUGUACCGGGCACUUGUGACGGGGAUACUUGGUGAGAACAAGUUUGUUAUCAAUCAGCCUAUUGGAAUUGUGCAAUAUCCUGGGGUGGCCAAAGGACUAUACGUUGCUUCACCCUCAGGGAAACCUGCUUUGAGCAAAGUUGAAGUUCUUGAGAAAGAUGAGCAACAAAACCACACAUUGGUCCAGGUUGAGAUUGAAUCUGGAAGGCCUCACCAAAUACGAAUUCAUCUUUCUUUCAUAGGGCAUCCUUGUGAUCCACUUUAUAUUGCUGGUGGCCAGCCGAGGUGCUUUGACUCCGAGUUUGUAGAUGAAAAUUAUGCACAAGAUGGAGGGUACGAGAGGCCGGUGAACCCUGUGCCUGGAGACUGUGGCUACUACUUGCGACAUCAACUUCUUCUCUCACACCCAACCACAAAUGAGAUAAUUAACAUAACUGCACCACUUCCACCUGUCCUUCAAACACAAGAUGAGGUCAGAAGGUCAAGGGAAUCCCAAUCCAUAUAGAAUACCCAGUUU